AAUCAACAACAACAAUGGCGACAGCAGCAGCCGUGUCCAUGGACCAUGCACCACCACCAGGGCCGUCUACUACGCUGCAAAGAGCAUCUCUCUACGUCGGAGAUCUCCAUCCGGACGUGAUCGAGGCGGAUUUGAUACAAGUUUUUCGGACGAUGGGCGCAUUGGACUCAGUUCGAGUUUGCAGAGACAGAGUGUCUCGCAAGUCUCUUUGCUACGCCUACGUCAAUUUCCUCAACACUUCGGAUGCAUCUAGAGCUCUGGCCAGCCUUAACCAUAGAAAAUUGAGGGGAAAAAGUAUGAGGAUCAUGUGGUGUCAGAGGGAUCCUCUUGCAAGAAAGAAUGGGGUAGCUAAUCUGUAUGUGAAGAAUCUUGAUCCUUCAGUUAACAAUGCUCACUUGGAAGGGUUGUUUGGCAAAUAUGGGACAAUACUUUCUUGCAAAGUUGCCGAGGAAAAUGGGAAGAGUAAAGGCUUUGGGUUUGUUCAGUUUGACUCUGAGGAUGCAGCCACAACUGCUCUUAAUGCUCUCAAUGACACCAUGUUUGAAGGGAAGAAAUUAUGUGUAUGCAAAUUUAUUAGGAAGAGUGAGAGAAAUGAUGCUUCUGAGAAAACAUUCGCAAAUUUAUAUUUCAAAAAUCUUGAUGAGAAUGUUACCGUGGAUUUCCUCAAAGAAAAGUUUUCAGAACAUGGGACAGUCUGCAACAUUGUGAUUAUGAAGGAUGAUGAGGGGAAGUCAAGAGGUUUUGGAUUUGUGAAAUUCAGUUUGCAUGAAGAGGCUAAGAAGGCAGUCGAAUGCCUCAAUGGUGCUCUUCUUGGUUCCAAGAAUCUGUACGUGGGAAGGGCUCAAAAGAAAGCAGAGAGGGAACAGAUCUUGAAGCAAGCACAUGAGUUUAUGCUCGACAAUAAUUAUGCAAAGUCCAAGGCUUCAAACCUCUUUGUGAAGAAUCUCAGUUUAUCAUUUGAUGACCUGGAACUGGAAGAACUUUUCAGUGAUUAUGGCAAAGUUACUUCAGCCAAGGUGAUGUAUAAUGAAGAUGGUGCCAGCAGAGGAUUUGGUUUUGUAUGUUUUUCUUGUCCAGAAGAAGCAAAGAGGGCUUUGGAAUCACUAAAUGGAACUACUGUCCGAGGUAUGGUUCUGUAUGUGGCCUUGGCUCACCGUAGAAAAGAACAUCCUACGCAGUUGCAGAGCAUCGACACUAAACAGUCAUUCCAAACUCCUCACUGGAACAUCCAUGUCCCUCAAUAUUAUCCUUUAUAUUACAAUGUCCCUCCAGUUCCCAUCCCACACUUCCGCCCUUUCCAGCCAAGGCUGUACCAAGCCUUCUGCAGAUCUCUCAGCGGAUUUUUCCCCUUUGACGACCAAAGACUUCAGGGAAAGUUCUGUACCCAUUUGCAGGUUCCACUUCAACAGUCGCAGCAGGAGCCCAUCAAAGGCAUGGCUCACCAGUAUCAUCCUAAAAAGUUUAGUACUGCUUAUGGUUCAACGCAACCCCUGAAUAUUGGUUCUGUGAAGCAGCAAAAACCAUCAAGUAAACUGGGAAAUAAAACUGUCUAUGGUCCUCUUGAGACUUCUACGACAGGGCCAGGAUCUGUAAAUUCUCCUAUUAUUGAUUCUAAACAUGACCCAGAAUUUGGUGCUUUGAAGCAGAAGAAACCCUCAUGUAAACUGGGAAAGAAGAGUACCUGUGCUGACAAUGGAACUUCUGCCAGAGGAUUUGGAUCUGGAUCUGUAAGUUCUGCUGCUAGAACAUCAUCACAAUGGGUAUACAAGAAAAACUGUAGGACAAUGCUACAACCUUUGGACAAGAAUAGUCAGCCUGGACAUACUGCUGAGAAACCCGAAGUAUUUGUGAAUACGAAUGUGCAGGAGCUACCAGAGUCCCAAAAUCCAAAUGAUGAAGGCAAAUUCUGGGAGCGUCUCACAUAGCAACACCAGUAUUCUGCCAGCUGCUCAGAGCUAAACUGACCGAUGUUGGUGUUAAAACAUUUCUAGCAUCAGAUAACUCUACUCUUUCUAGUGAAGAAUUGUGUAUAUCCUAAGGACUGCAGCACUGGUUGUGCGAGCU